GAUCCGGAGAGGCGGCCGGGAUGGCGGCGGACGGCGGCCUGGAGCAGCGGGCGCUGCAGUACGAGCAGACCCUGAUGUAUGGCCGCUACACGCAGGACCUGGGAGCCUUUGCUAAGGACGAAGCGGCCCGCAUCCGGCUGCAGCAGGAACGCUGGAGGCCGCACCCCAAAGAGCGCCUGCGCCCCUCUGAGUUGCUGGAGUACGACCACGGACGCUGCGCACGGUGCCGGAUCUGCACCGUACGAUGCCAAAAGUUCCUCAUCUCCAAAGUGGGCGAAGACUGGAUCUUCCUCAUCCUGCUGGGGUUACUUAUGGCUCUGGUGAGCUGGGCCAUGGACUACGCCAUAGCUAUCUGCUUGCAAGCCCAGAAGUGGAUGUAUGGCGGACUGGAUGCCAAUAUCUUCUUGCAGUACAUGGCCUGGGUCACCUAUCCGGUUGUACUCAUCACUUUCUCGGCUGGGUUCACCCAGAUCUUGGCUCCGCAGGCUGUGGGCUCUGGCAUCCCCGAAAUGAAGACCAUUUUGCGGGGCGUGGUGCUGAAGGAAUACUUGACCCUCAAGACCUUUGUGGCCAAGGUGAUCGGCCUGACAUGCGCCCUGGGCAGCGGGAUGCCUUUGGGUAAAGAGGGACCUUUCGUCCACAUAGCCAGCAUGUGUGCUGCUCUUCUCAGCAAGUUCCUCUCCCUCUUUGGUGGUAUCUAUGAGAAUGAGUCCCGCAACAUUGAGAUGCUGGCGGCGGCCUGCGCUGUGGGUGUCGGCUGCUGCUUCGCCGCUCCCAUUGGAGGUGUUCUCUUCAGCAUCGAGGUCACCUCCACCUUCUUCGCCGUCCGGAACUACUGGCGUGGCUUCUUCGCGGCCACCUUCAGUGCCUUCAUCUUCCGGGUGCUUGCUGUGUGGAACAAGGAUGAAGAAACCAUCACAGCUCUGUUCAAAACCCGCUUCCGGCUGGACUUCCCCUUCGACCUGCAGGAGCUGCCGGCCUUUGCCGUCAUCGGGAUCGCCAGCGGCUUUGGGGGAGCUCUCUUUGUCUACUUCAACCGCAAGAUCGUGCAGUUCAUGCGCAAGCAAAAGGCCAUUAACCGCUUCCUCAUGAAAAAGCGCCUCCUCUUUCCGGCUCUCGUCACGCUCCUCAUAGCCACGCUGACGUUCCCACCUGGCUUCGGGCAGUUCAUGGCUGGCCAGCUCACGCAGAAGGAGACUCUGGUGACCCUGUUUGACAACCACACAUGGGCCAAGCAGGGCUUGGCCGAAGCGUUUGAGUACGUCAGUGCCUCGGAGGCAUGGAAGCACCCCCGUUCCAACGUCUUUGUCACCCUGGUGAUCUUUAUCCUCAUGAAGUUCUGGAUGUCCGCCUUGGCCACCACCAUCCCCGUGCCGUGCGGGGCCUUCAUGCCGGUCUUCGUCAUCGGCGCGGCCUUUGGGCGGCUGGUGGGCGAGAGCAUGGCAGCGUGGUUCCCGGACGGCAUCCACACGGACAGCAACAUCUACCGCAUCGUGCCAGGGGGCUACGCAGUGGUGGGUGCAGCCGCGCUGUCAGGCGCCGUCACCCACACGGUCUCCACGGCGGUCAUCGUCUUCGAGCUGACGGGGCAGAUCUCGCACAUCCUGCCGGUCAUGAUUGCGGUGAUCCUGGCCAAUGCCGUGGCUCAGAGCUUGCAGCCUUCGCUGUACGACAGCAUCAUCCGGAUCAAGAAGCUGCCUUAUUUGCCGGAGCUGGGCUGGGGACAUCAAGAGAAGUACAACCUGCGCGUCGAGGACAUCAUGGUGCGUGACGUGCGCUACGUCACCCUGAAUUGCAAGUACCGUGACUUGCAAGAGGUGCUGCAUGGGUCCAAAGUGAAAAGCCUGCCUCUGGUGGAAUCGGCCGAGUCCAUGAUCUUGCUGGGCUCCAUCGAGCGCACGCAGAUCGUGGCCCUCCUGAGAGACCAGCUCAGUCCUGCCCGCCGCCUGCAGUACCUGCGGGAGAAGGCCCACAUGGAGCACAAAGCUGCGGAGAAGAGCCUGGAUGGCGGGGAGCAGAUCCAGGUGCCCGACACCAGCGUGCGCUUCCAGAUCAGCACAGAGGAGUCCUCGUUCGUCCCGCCACGAAGCGAGACCCGCAAGCCCUUGAAACCGGCUUUGAAACGAGCCCCCAGCACUGUAUCCGAGAGCCCUUCAACUGGGACGGUGGAGCCGCCAGGCAUUGCCCUGAGGAGCCUCUUCUGCGUGAACAGCACGACGGCAGACCCCACUGAGGAUGAGAAUUCAGACCAUCCCGAAAAGCGCAAGUCGAAGCGCGUCCGCAUUUCUGUGGCGGACGAAUACGAAGUGGCUGGUGAAAUGAGUCCCGCAGAGAUCCUGGAAUGGGAGGAGCAGGAACUGGAGCAGUUUGUCAACUUCAACAACAGCAAGAUCGAUCCGGCACCUUUCCAGUUGGUGGAACGGACGUCUCUGCACAAGACGCACACCAUCUUCUCCCUCCUGGGCGUGGAUCACGCCUACGUCACCAGCAUCGGGCGCCUGAUUGGCAUGGUGUCCCUCAAGGAGUUACGGAAGGCCAUCGAGGGCUCCGUCAACGCCAAGGGCGUGAAGGUGCGCCCCCCGCUGGCCAGCUUCCGGGACAGCACCACCAGUAGCAGCGAGACAGAAGCCACGGAGAUCCACCAGCUCUGGGACCGUCGGAACAGGCACUCUAUCCCCCGCGAGUCCAGCCCGUCAGAGAGUGAUGACAAGUGCCACUGACAGCCGUCUGUGGACGGCGUGGCCUGGACACGCCGUGACUGUUGUGCUUCCAACUGGAAUCCUUCUCCGCGUUCCCGGCAGGGGACCCGUGGCUGCAAGGAGAGACUUCCCUCCUAGGCAGAGAAGCUGGGUCGCCCCAGUGCUGCUGGAGCGGGUCGGGGGGGGGGGGAAUGCUCUGACUGCCGGGGCCACAGUCUCUUCCCCCCACCACCACCUUGCACUUGUCCAGGCCCAGAGGGAGGGGACCGCUCCCUACAGCCCUCUCCUCGCCCAGGAUCCCUGGGAACCCGGGAUUUUGUCCUCCUGGACUCCCAAGAUCCUGCAUUUUGUGGUGCUCGGUCGCACCUGCCUCUCGGGCCGCCGGCAUCGUGCUCUCGAUCAUGCACUGUCGAAGAAGCUCCUCUUCUUCUCCGCUCCCUCGCCUUUGUUUCCAACAGCCUUCGGAUGAAGCAAAGGCCCCACAGCAAAGAGGGCUGGAGAAGGAAGCCACAAGCUGAGGGGCUGCAAAAAUCCCAUCUGGGCAUCUCUGCUUCCCUGUGCAGGCCGCUUCCAACCUGAGCAGGGCAUCACCUCCACACUGACCUUUCUUCACCCCUCCCCAGUCCUUUCCGUCACCCCGUCCACUCGCACUUGCCUGUGAGCCGUGGCCUCCUGCUUUCUGGGAGGUCCAGCCCUAUGCCGUUACGAUCAUUAUUUUUUGCUAAUAAUGUGAGGACAGAAUAAGGUGAACACUGGAACUCUGGAGCUACUGAACCCCAGGACAAAGGGGUCCCCGUCUGCUCUCCCUCUUUCUCCCCGCCCCGCAGCAAGGACUCUCAGUCGCCAUUCCUGCCGGCUCACCUCCCUGCGGAGCCCUCCCCGUGCUUGGAUUCAGGGACACCGAGAGGAAGUAGGGUGGCCGCUGAGAUGUAAAUACAGAGGGUUUUUAUAUUAAUUUAAUAAAAAAGAUGACACCUAGAGUUCUAAAAUGAA